AUGGAAAAAAUUAAUGAAUUUCUAAAAGUCUUACAUUUAGAAUUUGAAGGGAAAAGACAAGAAUUAUUAAAGGAAAGAAUAUUAAUUCAAUCAAAUAUAACUCAAAGUCUUGGUAAAUGUUUAAAGAAACCAAUUGAAACAUUUGAAAUUCGUAAUGAUUCAACAUGGAAGAUUAGAGAGAUUCCAAAGAUUCUUCAAGAUAGAAGUGUUGAUAUAGUUUGUUUAGAUGUUACCAAUUAUCAAAGCAUGGUUGAAUGUGUUGAAAGUGGUAGUAAUGGUGUUCAAGUUGAUUUCGAUGACGGUUAUUCACCAUCUCAUUCAAAUAAUUUAAAGGCACAAUCAAACAUUAACAAGAUUGUAAAUGAUAAUAGAUUGAAUCAAUCCAAUAAAGCAUUAUUAUUGGUUAGACCUCGUUCGAUGAAUUUAGAUGAAAUUAAUCAUUGUGUUGAUGGUGUCCCAAUUUCAGGUACGAUAUUUGAUUUGGGUGUAUUUCUAUUCAAUAAUGCAGCAAAGCUAAUAGAGAUGAAUCGUGGACCAUUCCUUUACAUACCAAAGAUUGAAAAUUAUCGUGAAGCACAAUGGUGGGAUUCACUCUUGAAGCGAUGUGAACAGUUAUUAUCAAUACCACCAUUCACAAUUAAAGCAAUCGUAUUGAUUGAGAAUAUUUUAGCUUCCUUUGAAAUGGAAGAGAUUAUAUAUUAUUUACGUGACCAUUGUAUCGCUUUAAAUACUGGUAGAUGGGAUUACAUCUUUUCUUACAUUAAAAAGUUUAGUCAAUUACCAAACUAUAAUAUUCCUUCAAAAUCAAUGUUAUCAUUUAAUCAAGAGUUUUUAGUAUCUUAUUAUAAUCUUUUAUCAAAUAUUUCACACAAAAGAGGUUGUUUAGCUACUGGUGGUAUGGCACCUCAUUAUCCAACCAAUGUUGGUCAAACCCUAUCAGAUAAAGAGCUACUCUCUAUUUUCAAUGGAAAAAAAGAAGAAGCUAAAAUGGGGUUCGAUGGUGCAUUAAUAGCUCAUAAAUCUGCUGUAUCCGCUUGUAGAAAUGCUUUUAAAGAGGUGAUUGGUAAUGAUAAUACAAAUCAUUUAUCUUCAAAUCGUUUAUUUAAAUUUUCACCUAUUCAAUGUGAUCAAUAUUUUUCAAAUUUAAUUAAAACUUGUAAAGGUUUAACAUUGGAAAAUAAAUUCAAUCAUAAUUAUCCAAUCGCUUCUGUAUCAAUUCAAGAUGUUAAAUCUUAUUUAACAGUUUUAUAUAUUUACAUUGGAAAUUGGAUUUUUAAAGAAAAAGGUGCAUCAUCUAUUAAUGGCGUAAUUGAAGAUUUAGCUACCUCUGAAAUUAAUCGUGUUUUACUUUGGAAAUGGUUAAAAUUUGGUGUUGCAAUUAAAGAAGAUAAUAAUAAACUUUUAAAUAUUUCAACAAUUUUAAUAAAUUUAAAUGAUAUUGAAAAAUCUUUAAAACAACAACAACAACAAGAUGAUAUUAAAUUUACAAAUAAUCAACAUGAAACAAUUAAAAGAUUAAUAAUUCAAUUUUUAACUUCAAAUCAAUUAAUUGAUUUUAUGCCAACAUUAUUAUAUCCAUAUCUUUUAAAUUUAAACAAAGAUAUAAUUAUUUUAAAAUCAAAUUUAUAA